CUUCUGCAGCAUCCAGCAGAUCUGCUGCUGCUGCUAGCGAGGGAAACACGAACACUGCAAGGUCAGGGAUGAGAGACUGUGUGUGAGGGACAGACGGACGGACAGACAGACAGACAGACAGACAGACACAGAGGGAGAGAGAGAACAGUCGAGGUCCAGCUGGCCGGCCGUCCUCAGCUUUCUCCUCCGAUACGAUGGAUUCAGAGAACAACGAGUCGGGAGUGUGCGGCUGCUGUGGGCCUCUGAGGCCGAGGUACAAACGCCUGGUGGACAACAUCUUCCCCGAGGACCCCAAAGAUGGCCUCAGCAAAUCGGACAUGGAGAAGCUGACCUUCUACGCCGUGUCGGCCCCGGAGAAGCUGGACCGGAUCGGUGCCUACCUCGCCGAGAGGCUAAGCCGAGAUGUGGUGCGACACCGCUACGGGAACGUGGUGAUCGCCAUGGAGGCUCUGGACCAGCUGCUGAUGGCCUGUCACUCGCAGAGCAUCAAGCCCUUCGUGGAGAGCUUCCUGCACAUGGUGGCCAAGCUGCUGGAGUCCAGAGAACCAGACCUGCAGGUCCUGGGCACCAACUCGUUUGUGAAGUUUGCCAACAUCGAGGAGGACACGCCGUCUUACCACCGCCGCUACGACUUCUUCGUGUCCCAGUUCAGCGCCAUGUGCCACUCGACCCACGACGAGCCUGAGACCAGAACCAGGAUCCGUGUGGCCGGGAUCAAAGGCCUGCAGGGCGUCGUGAGGAAGACGGUCAACGACGAGCUGCAGGCCAUCAUCUGGGAGCCUCAGCACAUGGACAAGCUGAUCCCCUCCAUGCUGUUCAACAUGCAGGACAGUGAGGACCUGGACAGGGCGGGGCACCCCAGCACCCCUUCGGUGGCGGGUCAGAACGGCGAGGAGAACCCGGCGGCGCUGGCGGAGAGCUGCUUCCGGGAGCUGCUGGGGCGAGCCUACGGCAACAUGAACAACGCCGUGCGGCCCGUGCUGGUUCACCUGGACAACCACCACCUGUGGGACCCCAACGAGUUCGCCGUGUCCUGCUUCAGAAUCAUCAUGUACUCCAUCCAGGCUCAGCACUCCCACCACGUCAUCCAGCAGGUUCUCAAUCACCUGGACACCAACAACAGGAACACCCCCCGGGUCCGAGCCGGCAUCGUGCAGGUCCUCCUGGAGACGGUGGCCAUCGCGGCCAAAGGCUCCGUGGGUCCCACCGUGCUGGAGGUCUUCAACACGCUGCUCAAACACCUGAGGAUGAGCGUGGACCUCGAGCUGGGCGACACCUCCAGGAGGAACUCCAGCGUCAGCGUGUCGUCCGGCCGCGGCAAAGAGAGCGAGGAGCGGAUCGUCCAGAACGCCAUCAUCCAGACCAUCGGUUUCUUUGGUGGGAACCUUCCAGACUACCAGCGAGCCGAGGUCAUGAUGUUCGUCAUGGGCAAGGUGCCCGUGUACGGGACCCCGUGCCACACCUUGGACACCGUCAAGAUCGGGCACCAGGGCACCAAGCGGAUCCAGACCAUGCUGAUGAGCUCGCUCAUCAUGGUAACCUCUGGCUUUAAGUCCAAGUCCAUGGCGGCCGCCUUGCCUCCUUCCUUCCUCGAUCCGCUCUUCUCCAUCUCGCUGAUGGAGGACAACGAGCUGAGGCAGCUGGUGCUGGAGAUCCUGCACAACAUCAUCGAUCGCCAUGACAACCGCGCCAAGCUGCGCGGCAUCAGAGUCAUUCCCAACGUUGCAGCUCUGAAGAUUAAAAGGGAGAAGAUAUCCAAGCAAGACGUUGCGUUCAUGAAGAAGCACGGCCAGCAGCUCUACCGCCACAUCUACCUGGGCUGCAAAGAGGAGGACAACGUCCACAAAAACUUUGAGCUGCUCUUCACCACGCUGGCGAUUCUGACCAUCGAGCUGGCCAACGAGGAGGCCGUCAUCGACCUCAUCCGGCUCUCCAUCGCCAUCCAGGACACGGCUCUGGCCAACGAGGAGAACCUGCCCAUGCUGAUCCGCUGUGGCAUCAUGGCGUUGGUGGCGGCGUACCUCAACUUCCUGAGCCAGAUGAUCGCAAACCCCCCCUUCUGUCAGCACGUCAGCAAGGUCAUUGAGCUGAGGAGCUUGGACGCUCCGUACCUCCUCCCAGAGCACGUCUUCAGAGACAAGUGUCCGCUCCCCGAGUCCCUGGACAAGGAGGACCGGCCGCUCUACUUCCAGACCGCCGACAUGGCCGAGUGCCUGGCGGGACCCGGGUACAACGCCGAGAGGCUGUCCAUCCCGUACGUCCCCCAGGUCACAGUGCUUUACACAGUAGGGAAGAUCCUCCACAGGUGCAAGCAGACGUCCAGAGAUGUGGUCGGCAGAGGUGCUGAAGGUCCUAUGAGGACAUCUCCAGCUGUUAGAUGUGUUGUCUCCCACGCAUCCAAACUGCAUUCUGACUCACGUCUGGACCAACCCACUGACGGGAUGCGAGAAGGUCCAACCUGCCCCCCCCUCGUUCACGUCGUGGGACGUCAGAGGGACGAACGUCCUCGUCCGGGAGGUUUUGUUUUACCUCUUAUCAAGAUCCGUCUGACCAGGAGGAAGAGCUUCGUGGACACAAACUCCCUCCAAGUGGACAUCAUGUCCAACAGCCUUCCAGACACGUCCCAGCUGCCUGAGGAGAUCACGUUCGAGACCCUGAAGAAGGCCAUCGACACCACCGGGCUGGAGGAGCAGGAGAGGGAGAAGAGGCGUCAGCUGAUGGAGAAGUUCCAGAAAGCUCCGUUUGAGGAGAUCGCCGCCCACUGCGAGUCCAAGGCCAACAUGCUGCACGACCGGCUGGCGCAGAUCUUUGAGCUGACGAUCCGGCCUCCACCCAGCCCCUCCGGAGUGGUCUCCAUCUCCUCGGGACACCCCCAGCACCAGUCGGUCCCCGUCUACGAGAUGAAGUUCCCCGACCUUUGUGUCUACUGAUGCUCGUCUGGAGGAGGAACCGGAGCAAAGAGCUGCAUCAACAGCGUAACUUCCUUAGCUGAAAACGGUUCUUCCUUUUCCCCCAAAAUGUACUUUCAUGACUUCAGCCCGCAGCUUCUUGUGUUUCUGAACUUUGAGUUCUAACCUUUAUGCUCUGAACCAACCGCUUGGUCGCACUUUGUUUCCCUGCAAGUCACCGAGAUCAAAGCUUCCACCUUCAGCGCGUAGGCUUCCCAGCAUGCAUCUGGUGUGAUGUCUUCACGCCUUGUGGAGCGCCUUGUGUAUCCGUUCUUAUCGUCACGUGCAGAGUUGUGCGACGUGUUCGCUGUCACAGAGGAGGACUGCAGUAACUCGCCUGCUGGUAGAAACGUCCAACCCGUUAGGAGGGACGACGAGGAUGAUGAUGAUGAAGAUGAAGAUGAUGGAGGACGGGGGAAGUGGACUGAAAGCAGCACAGAGAAACGUCUCGCUCUUUGGAUGCAGGUGUUGUGAUGUUUAAGUCAACAGUGUCAAAUAUUCCCAGUGGGAUGUUUGAAGACCUUCAGGAACAGGAAGUCACAUCACCGUACAAAUCUUUACUCAUUAGUCAGGUUCAGUUUACCAGCAUCAUUUAUUGUCCGUUUCAAACACGAACAACCAAGAGGUCGAUGGGAUGGGAUCCCAAAACGGGACAUGGAAGAAAUGUCCAUCACCAGCCUUCAUGGACUCGAAUGAAUGAAUGAAUGAAUGAAUGAAUGAAUGAAUGAAUGAAUGAAUGAAUGAAUGUAGAUGACUUGAUGAAAUGGGACAUGAGAGGUUUCAGUCAGAAAGAACUCAUCGACAAAUUGUUCUGCAUCCGUAUCGCAGCACCUAUUUACGUUUUUAACCAACAUGCACAGCAAUAAUGAAACUACUUUUGUCUCUUUGACCGCGGGGGACGUCUCCGUCUCCUUCCAUCAGGACAGAAUCUGCAGUGAACGCUCUUAACAACGAUAAGCAGAAGGAUGCACAAAAACAAAUUGAUCUCCACUGCACUUGAGCUGGUUCGCUACCCAGGAAGCUAACGCCAGCAUGGGGGGGCGUCUCUGGAAUCGGGUCUGUGGUGGUUCUCAGACGGGAGGAUGGAGGCGCUGGUGGUUGGAGGCGGUCUCACCGCUUGGUGUGUAAGCUAAGUGGCUGGAGAUGUUUGGACUGAAGGGAAGAAACAAAGAUCCCGUUGAUACUUUCGUUGUCGUCCUGCACGUCGCUGCACUCAGUGACCUGCAACCGUUUUAUUAAAACCCUCAUUUCUCUUCAAGAAGAACGAUCACUUGCUCGAUGAAUGUGUCAUUCUAGCAGUAAAUCAUAUAUUUUUGUACAUCUGAUGCAUCGUGUGCGGAUACAGUGUUGCCAGGUAGAGAUUAGAUGCUUAUUGAGGUUCAGGUUUCGAUGGGAUUGUGCAGUUCUUAUCAAUACGGGACGAAUGGUCUCAGUUACGAAAUGUUACUUGAUUAUUACUUUUAUUAUAGAAUCCAUUAUGCCAUUUCAAAUAUGCUGAUACAUGAAUGAAUAUUAUAUCUAGUUAUUUUUGCUGUGAUAAAGUGGAGAGAAUCUGUAAUUUAGUGAUUUAGCUUUUACGUCUUUAGUCGUUCCUUCAGGAAGUUGCAGCUUUAGAAAUAAAAACAUGUCUCAUUGUGAGAACGGUUCUCCUGCAGGUUGAAUAUAUUUUAUUGUGACGUCAAUACGAGAAAAACUGCUUCGACCACAUUGAUCCAACUAGAAGCAUCUGUGAAAGUUUGACCCUCGACCUCUUUGGACGUUCUAUAGAGAACCCGAGAACCCUUUGAACCACCGGAGGUCCUACUGGGACCUGAAAGAGACCCGUCUCCCCCCCAAUAAUAAUACGUUGGUCAACAUCUUCUGAAGAUGCAGGACUUGGAGACGGUUUCUCUUGGAGAGAUAAUAAUAUAAUGUUAAUAAUAAUGAUAUUUGAGUGAAUUUGGUCCUGAAGCUGCGACUUCCUGAAGGUCACCAGUCAGUCGAAGCAGACUGAGUUUAAAGAGUCGGCGCUGCUACGUAAUAACGUUUAGAUCCAGACGUAUUACAAUGAGAAGAUGAAAUACGGAGUUUGCACUGAUCACUGUGGACCGUGUACCAUAGCAAGAGGGACUGGACCACCGGUGGUCUGGACCCGUUCUGGAUUCACAGGCUUCAGGUGUUUAAUGGUCACAUGACUCAUCGGUCCGCCCACUGAGACCAGCAGAUGAAUUUUAAAGCCGUCACAAUGAAUUCUUUUAUUACAAAUAUCAAUAAAAAUGUGAGAAUUAGAAAAUAAAUCUAGAGUUUUCUAAAGAACAAGAUCUUGAUUUUUAAUUAUGCAAAUCCUCAUUUUUGCUUUUUUUUUGCUUUUUUCUCUUGUUAAUAAUUCUAUAAAUUUUCUCUCCGUAUUUACUUAUCGAUAAAAGGACCAAUCAUUUUCAGCGUUAAUGUGUUGACCUUUGAACUCUGGAUGAACGUAGAAUAAAGGAAGUGGAACCAGCAGAAGUCUACAGAUUGUUAGAAAUGUUGGUUGAUGUUGCUGAAUCAAAUAAAAUGUUCCAUUAAACUGACGGGCUGUGA